ACGAUUGUAUACGACGAACACUGCGCCUCGGACUCCACGAAAACAUUGUUGGGGAAUUAGUCUCGAGCUUCGAUAAUUCCAAUUUACGAUCCCUCCUAUCAAUUCGAGGCAUCAAUUGUCCAUUACUCAUUUACACUUGUUUCUGCCUCGCCAAUAUUAUUGCCUACUGUCGAUGGCCGAUUUUGGCACGCAAGCCUUUCUGCCUUUACUACUCUCCGAGCCUGCCUCUACAAGGCUGUGGGCCUAAGUCUUGCUUAUUCCUUUGGACUAGGUGUUAUGAUCCGUCUUUAGUAUCUUGUAAAUAAUUUCUUCAGUUGCCAUACGAGCCAUGGCCGACCCUAAUAAGGAUGGUUCUGGGGACACCCCGCGCCGAGCAAGAGCCCCUACAAUCACAAUCAACACAACAAAUGACACCGAACCUACUACUACCGCUCAUCAACCUUCGCCUGUGUCCCCUCAUGAUGAGUCGGUAAGCCCGACGGCAUUAACAACCAGUUGGACAUCUGAUAAAACUGCCGGCAACUCUAGAGGAGAAACGAGAUCUGCCCAUUCAUUUGAUAGUACUAGGGAUAGCCGGCCGACCAGCCCGCAUAAUGUUUCCAGCCCGGUUACUUCGAGGGGUAAUGAGAAGGGCCAGGCUUUUCUAUCAGUGCCAGAUCACCACCGUUCGAGACAAAAUUCAGUUGACAGCGAAGAUGGAUCGCGGUCGAUUAGCUCUUCUCAGGGUGACACUAUGACAGGAACUACAUUAUGGCCAGGAGAGAAGAGCGCUGCCUCAAAGCCUUCAUUCGACAACGGAAAAAUAAUGAAGGAUGAGAACGCCUUGAAGCCGGAUAAAGGCAGGGAGGCGGAUUUCGAGGUGGAAGAUAAUCCCUUCGCGUAUAGUCCUGGUCAACUUACCAAGAUGUUAAAUCCCAAGAGUCUGUCUGCCUUCUAUCAACUAGGAGGCCUUACCGGAAUAGAAAAGGGACUCCGCACGAAUCGAAAUACGGGGUUAAGUCCAGACGAAAAACAUCUAGAAGGAAAAAUCUCCUUCGACGAUGCGAUAAACCGUGACACGAAACUGAUUACUGAAGGGUUGGAAAGUCCACAAACGCCGGUCGCUCAUUCGGAUGCUACUCGACAUCAUGGAUAUGAGGAGCAAUUCUUCGAUAGGAAACGAGUUUACGGAGACAACCGAAUUCCCGAGAAGAAGGGCAAGAGCUUUUUACAACUAGUAUGGAUUACUUAUAAUGACAAGGUCCUAAUACUACUUACUGUAGCCGCUAUAGUCUCACUUGCCGUUGGUCUAUAUCAAACAUUCGGUGGCGAUAACUCGGACGGGCAAUCCGUCGAAUGGAUCGAAGGCGUGGCCAUCAUUGCGGCUAUUGUUAUUGUGGUAUUGGUCGGGUCCUUGAAUGAUUGGCAAAAGGAAAGGCAAUUCGCGAAACUGAACAGGAAGAAACAAGACCGACUAGUAAAAGUAAUCCGUGCGGGGAAAACAGUCGAGGUAUCCGUUUACGACCUUUUGGCGGGCGAUGUCGUCCAUCUAGAACCUGGCGACCUCAUCCCUGUUGAUGGCAUUCUCAUCCAAGGUUUUAACGUGAAGUGUGAUGAAUCGCAAGCGACGGGUGAAUCGGAUAUUAUCCGUAAACGACCGGGAGACGACGUAUUUGCUGCGAUCGAAAAUGGCGAAGACACGAAAAAAUUAGAUCCUUUUAUCCAGUCUGGAGGUAGGGUUAUGGAAGGUGUAGGGACUUUCCUCGCUACAUCUACCGGUAUCCACUCGAGUUACGGCAGGACGAUGAUGUCUCUAAACGAAGACCCCGAGAUAACGCCUCUACAGUCUAAGCUCAACGUUAUUGCCGAAUACAUUGCGAAACUUGGAGGUGCCGCCGGAUUACUCCUAUUUAUUGUGCUUUUCAUCAUGUUCUUGGUUCGCCUUCCCUCGAAUUGGGAGUUGUCACCCUCGCAAAAAGGCCAGCAGUUCAUCAACAUCUUCAUUGUCGUGGUUACAAUCAUCGUUGUCGCAGUACCUGAGGGUUUACCCCUUGCUGUUACACUGGCGCUAGCUUUUGCUACCAACCGUAUGAUCAAGGAUAACAAUUUGGUUCGUCACUUGAAGGCCUGUGAAGUAAUGGGAAACGCAACGACAAUCUGCUCAGACAAGACUGGUACCCUGACUCAAAACAAAAUGACCGUGGUUGCGGCGACGAUUGGCACAACUCAUCGUUUCGGAAGUGGAGCAUCUGAGAAAGGUGAAGGCAUUGCUCCUCAAGAGCCCUCGGAGAAAGAAUUCGCGAGCUCUCUCAGCAAAGGAACCCAAGAAAUUUUGCUCAAAUCUAUCGCUCUUAACUCUACGGCAUUCGAAGGUGAAGUUGAUGGUGUAAAGACUUUUAUUGGAUCAAAGACCGAGACCGCAUUACUCGAAUAUGCUAAGGCCUAUCUCGGUAUGGGGCCUGUUAGUGAGGAACGAUCCAAUGCAAAAACAGUGCAGCUUAUUCCAUUCGACUCUAGCCGAAAAUGUAUGGGUAUCGUGGUUCAACUGGAAAAUGGCGCCGCUCGAUUAUACGUCAAAGGAGCUUCCGAAAUUAUGCUUAAGAAAUGUUCAUCGAUACUUCGAUCUCCCACACAAGAUUCAUCAAGCGCCCCUGUCACUCUCGAUGACGUGGAAACCAUUAAGGCUCUUAUCGAAGAUUACGCAUCCCGAUCUUUAAGAACUAUUGGCCUUGUCUACCGCGAUUUUGAGAGGUGGCCCCCGCGAAACGCCAAGCGAGCCGAAGGCGACCAAAAUGAGGUUGUUUUCGAGGACAUUUUUAAGAAUAUGACUUUCGUUGGUAUGGUUGGUAUUCAGGACCCUCUCCGUGAUGGAGUACCCGAAGCAGUUAAGCAAUGUCAAAGGGCCGGUGUUAUAGUUCGUAUGGUUACCGGUGACAAUCAACUUACGGCGCAAGCUAUCGCGAAAGAGUGUGGAAUAUUGGAUUCAGGUGGCUUGGUAAUGGAAGGUCCGAAAUUCCGAAACCUCAGCAAGCGCGAACAAAACGAGAUUAUUCCACAACUUCGUGUACUCGCACGUUCUAGCCCCGACGACAAACGCGUUCUCGUCCGUCGUCUCAAAGAUAUGGGUGAAACUGUUGCUGUUACUGGUGAUGGUACAAACGAUGCACCUGCUCUGAAAUUGGCUGACGUCGGAUUCUCAAUGGGUAUUGCUGGUACGGAAGUGGCCAAGGAGGCGUCCGCGAUUAUUCUUAUGGACGACAACUUCAACAGUAUUGUCAAGGCUCUGAAAUGGGGCCGAGCGGUCAACGAUGCUGUCAAGCGUUUCCUCCAAUUCCAACUUACAGUCAACGUCACCGCUGUCGUGCUGACUUUCGUCACGGCCGUAUCCAGUAGCGAUGAAGGCUCCGUAUUAACAGCAGUGCAGCUUCUAUGGGUUAACUUGAUCAUGGACACACUUGCGGCGCUCGCCCUUGCCACCGACCCUCCUCAGGACAGUUGCUUAGACCGGAAACCAGAACCGAGGGGUUCCAGUAUUGUCUCGAUAACGAUGUGGAAGAUGAUUCUCGGCCAGGCGAUUUAUCAAUUGGCCAUCACAUUCGUUCUUUACUACGCCGCCGACUCCAUUGGUAUAGCCGAGGAAAGCGAGCGACGCAAUACACUUGUUUUCAAUACCUUCGUAUGGAUGCAGAUCUUCAACCAAUGGAAUAACCGUCGUUUGGAUAACCAAUUCAACAUCUUUGAAGGUCUGUUCCAAAAUUGGUAUUUCAUAAUCAUCAAUCUUGCGGUAUCCGGCGCUCAGGUCCUGAUCAUCUUCGUUGGUGGAACCCCUUUCAGCAUUGCCCCUCAGUCUCCGCCACAAACUUCCGGCCAAUGGGCAUGCGCGAUUGUUCUCGGUGUUAUUUCCAUUCCGGUGGGUAUGGUCAUUCGUCUUAUCCCAGACGAAUUGAUUAGAAAAUGUAUCCCCGACACUCUCAAGAAGAAGCGCGGUAUUCCCGGGUUAACUAUCUCGGAUGAGGAACGCUUCAAUGCUUAUCCAGAGGUUCUCGCUGAUGUUAGGGACGAACUUGCAUUCCUCAAGAAGCUAAAGGGUGGCCGUCUAAACAACUUGAAAUUCGCCGUACAACAUCCUCGUGAAACCUUCAUCUCCAAGACAAGAAGUCCCUCCCACUCCCGAUCUAACUCGAUGAGAGCACCGCAAACCCCAACGCGCGAAGAUAGCUUUAGCUCUCCAUCACCAGCACCAACACCCGAUUCCCGAAAACGUUCAAGGUCUAUGAGGUCACGGUCAAACUCUGCCUUAGGAGCCCCCACAGUUAUGGCAGGCAUUAUUGCUGGCAGUGUAGCAGCUGGAUGGUCUCCUAUAGAAAGAACUGGAGAACGCGAUUUCACACAGCCUCCUCGACCGACACCUUCGCCACUUUCCACCCGCGAAAAUACUGAAUUAGAGCCAGCACCCGUAUUAACAGAGGAACCAAUGUCUAUCGAAGACCCCGGCCCUUCCACUGUGCCCAGGCUUAGCGUCCCUCAACCACCUCAAAAACAGAAAUCUAUUUCUUAGGCGGUGUAAAUAGUUUUUUUUCUCGUCAGGAUCCGACAAAUUCGACUGCCUCGAUUUGUCAACGUACGCGGAGGCAACGAGAUUCACGCACAAGAACGAGCAAAGCAUUCGAAGACCUGUAUCAUACCCUUAAUCUACAUCUUCUCGAAACCAAAAUACCAUCAAUUAUUAUUGGUAGAUCGAUUUGCUCCUUCUGUUACACGAAUUAUCCUAGCUGGACUUUCCGGGAAGAGUGCUUGCAAAGUUCUCCCCGAGACUCUAAUACGAA